AUGGGUGCACAGGAUGUCUCUGAGAUAGACCCUUUGGUGAAGGCUGCGCAGGCGCCUGGUGCACCCCUGGUGUCUUCGGUGAACAGGGUGCUGCAUGCCUUGCAAGAGCGCCAAUACUUGCGGCGCAUGGUCAUAGAGCCACAGUUCAUCGGGAUCCAUCCUCAAAACCGUGAUGGCCAUGGAGCAUUGUCAGUGGAGAGUGGUGGGAAACUGCUGGAGAUCCACCCACAGCACCUCAAGUUUUUGAGCCUGUCCGGAAGCCACCUGAACACGACGCUGCGCAUGAUCAAGCAUGGCACUCCAUGCUCAGUGGAAUCGGUGGCCCUUGACGGCAAGGUGAACUUCCACAAAAUGCAACAAAAGGACGCUGCAUAUGCUGAAGCCAGCCGUGCAGGGUUGCGGUGGAAAGUCUUGCCUGCCGCAGUGCUCGCACAGUGGCCUCAGCUGGCCUCUCUCAUCCAGUCUGCUGCCAACAGGCAAGCCAUUGCAGAGUCGACGGGGAUAGCCAUCGAACGGGAAAAGUUGAAGCCAGAGCUGGAGCCUCGACCCAAGGAUGCAGACCCCUUUGCGCGGUUCAGGCACGCUCUCCUGGCUUUCGGGUAUUCGUGCCCGGUGCCGCGCAUCGUCACGGCAUCCGACUGCCGACGGCUUUUCCAGAGGCAGUUCCAGGACAACAUUGGCAAGGCCAAUGAGCUUAUGGCUCGUGUGGAUGCAUUGGUGGAGAAAAAAAUUGAGAAGCACCAAAGGGUGUUACCCCAUCAGUAUCUCUUCGAGUGCCAGCUGGUUCUGCUGGCAUUGCAGAAAAAGCACAGGGACAUCGAGCUGCGUGACAGCAUGGAGCACGCUGCCUUGGCUUUUUGCGAAGCUGUCCAAGAAGCAGUUGGGGUCACCCUCUCCAACGAGUGGGAUGGCUUGAAGACCACUCCCAAGAGUUCAGCCCUGACGACAACAGGUGUGGCAGCCAAGCUGAGGGAGUUUGAUGCCUCAGGGCAACUGAAAGAUCCUUCUAUCCUUCUCCGGGAGGCAGGAUUCUUGCCAGGCAAGUGGGUUGCCAGGAAGGAAGACAAGUUGCAGGCUAAACUUGUGAAUGUGGGGGAGCAGUAUAUGGCCACCACCUCAGCGUUCAUCGAAAAUCAGUGGAAGCUGAUCGACGAGCCCAACACCAGAGAAGCAUUGGACCAUGUCGCAUUCGCCAGCUUCAACAGCCCUGACAUGAUAGUGGCUGCAACAAACGGGAAGAUCAUAGAGAAACUCAUGGAGCUGGAAAGGCAGCACAAGGCCUCCUUGAACAAAAUCAAUGUGUACGUAAAGCCAUCCAAGACCGUUGAGGCCACUUGCGCAGUGGCCACGGGGAAGCAAAUAGUGGUACCAGCCACACCCACCAUUCAGGCACUUCAGGUCGACAGCCGAUCGAAGCCGAAAGGGUUGAGUCUGGGCGAAUGUGGCACAGACAGUCACAGCUUCUCCUUGACCCAGUUUGUGCAGGUUCCAAAGGAUGGGAAGGGCAUCUUUGCGCCUUUCCGGUUUGUGAAGGGCACCUCCGACCCUGAAAAGGUGAAUGUAGAGAUCGUCAACAUAGUGGAUCCAGGGGAUGAAAACAAAUCUUUGCAGCGCAUACCAUUGAUGAAAAAUACCAAAGCCCUUGAAGAGGGUGAAGUGCUCCUGAAAUUCGAAGAGGGUCGAACUGAUGACGCUCCUGACGAUUUGGUCCCUUGCAGCGGCCCUCCAGUCAAGAGACGUAAGACUGGUAAAUCAGCUGAAUGA